AUGAGCAAAGACGAGCAUGCAGUGAUACCAAUCGAAUCAAACCCAGUGGUUUUCACGGAAUUUGCACAUAAACUGGGUCUAAAAAAGGAGUGGGCAUUUUUUGAUAUCUAUAGUUUAAGAGAGAUAGAAUUAUUGGCAUUUUUACCGCGGCCAGUGAAGGCUAUCGUCCUGUUGUUUCCGAUAAACGAAAAUGGUAAAGUUAGCGCUAUUCAACAAGCUCCAAAACCAAAAGAUUCAGAUGUUCUAUGGUUUAAACAAUCGAUUAAAAACGCUUGCGGUUUGUAUGCAAUUCUCCAUUCAUUGAGUAAUAACCAGUCGUUAUUGGAGCCCGGAUCCGACUUGACAAACUUUCUGAAAUCCCAAAGUAAGAAUAUAACGCCAAAGAAUAUGUUUGAUGACACAACCGCUGAUCAAUUCGUCUUGAAUGUUGUAAAGGAAAACACGCAAACAUUUUCCACUGGCCAAUCAGAAGCACCGGAAGCUACUGCAGAUAUUAAUCUGCACUACAUCACGUAUGUCGAAGAAAAUGGUGAGAUAUUUGAAUUGGAUGGAAGAAAUUUGGGCGGGCCCCUUUGUUUGGGAAAGAGCGAUCCAAGCGGCACUGAUCUGGUUGAACAAGACUUAAUUAGACAGAGAGUCGCCUCAUAUAUGGAAAACGCUAAUGAAGAGGAUGUAUUGAAUUUUGCUAUGCUGGGAUUAGGUCCAAACUGGGCAUAA